UGACGGCAGCCGUCGGCUGUAUUCUAGUCUGGCAACACUUGCAUUCGCAUGUUUGCUUGCUGUAGCUGGUGAACGCUCCGUUGUUUCGUCAUUGUUGUUUUAUCAUUAAUUUUAUCUGGCUGGCUCUUCAUUGUUUGUCGGCAGUGAUUUUGUAAUUGUAAAACUCCGGAUUUAAAAAUGGCUCUCGGAAUGGGGAUGUCGUGUGUUAAAUACCUGCUUAUAGCGUUCAACCUGGUGUUUGCGAUCACUGGGCUGAUCAUCUUCAUAGUGGGUAUCAAGGCGGAAAUGCGCCUGGCUCCAUACAUUGACUUCACCGACGGGCACUUCUGGUCUUCGGCUCCGGUGGUUCAGAUCAUCGUUGGAGUUGUAAUCUUCAUUGUGGCUUUCCUGGGAUGCUGCGGUGCCUUUAACGAGAACCACUGCAUGAUUAUUACGUUUGCGGUGCUACUCCUGGCGACGUUCAUCGCCGAACUGGCUGUCGGCAUCGCCGGCUACGCCAACCACGCCAAUCUGGAGACGUCCAUCGUGCGCCACCUCAACGAGAGCCUCAAGGAGUACCCCACCAACAAGGAUGUGCAGCGCAGCUGGGACAUCAUGCAGACUGACCUGUACUGCUGCGGCGUAUUCGGCCCCAAGGACUGGACCAACAACACGCUGCCCGUGCCCGACUCCUGCUGCAGCGCCCGAGAGGUCACCAACGGAGCCGCCGCCGCCUGCAACGUCAACUCUGCUGACAUCCACCGUAACGGCUGCCUGGCCAAGAUGCUGGAAAUCUUGAAGGCCAACGCUUAUCUCAUCGGUGGAGUGGGACUGGGCAUUGCUUUUGUACCGCUGCUCGGAGUGAUCCUUGCUUGCUGCCUCGCUCGCUCCAUCCGCAGUCAGUACGAGACCGUCUAAGCCAGCUUUCAAUUUAACCACGUUACCAGUACGAGACCUUUUCAACAUUAAACCAUUUUUCCAGUCUCAUUUUUUAUGAAUUUUGUAAUUCGAAUAAGUGUGUCGCUUAAAUUCAAACUGGUAAAUCCAUUCGACUCUCAGUAAAUAUAUCUACCCUAUUACCAAACGUAUAAUCUGACAGACGAGAUUUACCCGAGUUUGUAGUUAAGCGACUCAAGUAUGGUCUCUCAAAUAGCAAUCAUUGUGAUUCUCGUUUUCAAAGGUUAAUUUAAGUUGUCUGUAUAUGUAUGUAAUUAUUAUUUUAAUGUUAUUUUAUUGCCAUAGUUUGUUUCUUAAAGGUUCUAUUUAUUAAGAGUACAAUAUUAUAAGAUCUCUCGAAAGUAAUCCGUAACUAGGCGGAUAGCUUCUUUCAAUUAUUAUAGCUUAAUGAUUAUUUACAUUGAUUCAUGUUUGUGUAAAUUUAAGGCCAAAAAUGUGUUUGUCGCGUGACUAGCACCCUACACUCAUAACUUUCACAUCAAGACAAAAGUGUGCUCAGCGUAGAAGACUGAUUUAUCAAAGGAUAAUUCCGAGAAAAACGAUUCGGCUCAUGUCGCGACGUUUUUAAUCUUUUCGAUUCGAUGUAAUCUUUAUUCUUCUUAGUGUCUAGUAGAAUUGGUGCACACGAAUAUAAGUGUAAUAAAUGUAUGUAAUUUCGAAUAUAUAAUAGAUGAUUGUCAUAUAUAGAUGUGUUUCCAGGAACGUUUAUAAUAAAAUCCUCUUUCAUCUA